AUGCCAAAAACUAGAAGCAAAGCGAACAAGAAGAUCAACAGUGAUGGUGAAGACAUAGCAACGGCUGACAUACGCGACUCUACGACGCGACAUACGCGUGAAGAGUUGAUUGUCGUUGUACCGCCUGUAUCACAAAGAAUGAGAGCUAGGAGAAUGAUCAGAAUAUCUGAAUCGGAGGAAAGUGACGUUAUCGUGGUCGAAGGAGGAGAAAAGAAGGACGAAGAUGAGUCACACAUAGAUACCUCUGAAGAUGAAGAAUAUAACUCAGGUCAUUCUUCACCCAGUUCAACGUCAUAUACUGCUUCUUUCCAAUCUACAAUUCGAUCACUAUCGUCAGAAGAACAUGAACAAUCGCCGACAAGACCCAAACGGCGUGCGGCCAAAAGGAAAAUAAACUAUAACGAAGAAGCUGCUUACAAAGUUUUAGAGAACAUUGUACCCGAGGCAGCCAAGAUUAAUGGAGUGGAAAAUGCAGGCGGUGACAGUGAAGAAGAGGCUUACGUCGAGGUAUCCAGUGACACUCAAAAUAAUAUUAACCCCUCCUUAAAACGCAGAAAAUCCCACCGAGACACAAUACAUGUGCUCUCUUCAUCCGAUUCUGAGUGUCAUAAAAACACUAGCUCCGCCUCUGAUAAUACGACUAUCGGUCUAUCCAGAAUACGGAGAAAAGGGCGUACAAGAGUGAAGUCCUCUAGUGACGAUGAAUUGAAGCCUAUGGACGUUGAUGAAAAUAAUAGUGAGGAGAAAGGCAAGAAAAAAAACAAAUUAUUACGAAGCAAAAGAAGAUUACGUAACUCAAAAGAAAACGAUAGUGAAGCCGAUAGAAACAAAGAAACGGAAGACCAUGAUGAAUCAAGCGAUGACGACUUCGUUCCUACAAAGUCUCGCAAACUCACC